CGUAGUAGAUCAUCGGAAUUAUUAUCACACGUAUCCACUAUGAGAGAAAUUAUUCAUUUAUCCACCGGUCAAUGUGGUAACCAAAUUGGUGCUGCUUUCUGGGAAACCAUCUGCGGUGAACACGGCUUGGACAGUAACGGUAACUACCAUGGCGAUGAUGACCUCCAAAAGGCCAAGUUAGACGUCUACUUCAACGAAGCUACCAGCGGAAAGUACGUUCCUCGUGCUGUUUUGGUCGAUUUAGAACCAGGAACCAUUGACGGUGUCAAAACCUCCCACAUCGGUAACUUGUUCAGACCUGACAACUACAUUUUUGGACAAAGCUCUGCCGGUAAUGUCUGGGCCAAAGGUCACUACACCGAAGGUGCUGAAUUAGUCGACUCCGUCUUAGAUGUUGUUAGAAGAGAAGCUGAAGGUUGUGACUCCUUGCAAGGUUUCCAAAUCACCCACUCUUUGGGUGGUGGUACCGGUUCUGGUAUGGGUACUUUGUUGAUUUCCAAGAUCAGAGAAGAAUUCCCUGACAGAAUGAUGGCUACUUUCUCUGUCGUUCCAUCACCAAAGGUGUCUGAUACCGUUAUUGAACCAUAUAACGCUACCUUGUCGGUUCACCAAUUGGUUGAAAACUCCGACGAAACCUUCUGUAUUGAUAAUGAAGCUUUGUACAAUAUCUGUCAAAAGACCUUGAAAUUGCCUACCCCAUCUUACACUGAAUUGAACAACUUGGUCUCGUCAGUAAUGUCUGGUGUUACCACUUCUUUGCGUUACCCAGGUCAAUUGAACUCUGACUUGAGAAAGUUGGCUGUUAACUUGGUUCCUUUCCCAAGAUUGCAUUUCUUCAUGGUUGGUUACGCUCCAUUGACUUCAAUCGGUUCCAAGUCGUUCAGAUCUUUGACAGUUCCAGAAUUGACUCAACAAAUGUUCGACUCCAAGAACAUGAUGGCUGCUUCUGACCCAAAGAACGGUCGUUACUUGACUGUUGCUGCCUUUUUCAGAGGUAAGGUUUCCGUGAAGGAAGUUGAAGAUGAAAUGCUCAAGGUUCAGACCAGAAAUGCUUCCUACUUUGUCGAAUGGAUUCCAAACAACGUGCAAACUGCCGUUUGUUCAGUGGCUCCAAAGGACUUAGACAUGUCUGCUACGUUCAUUGGUAAUUCCACAUCUAUCCAAGAAUUGUUCAAGAGAGUUGGUGACCAAUUCAGUGCUAUGUUCAGAAGAAAGGCUUUCUUGCACUGGUACACAUCUGAAGGUAUGGACGAAAUGGAAUUCACCGAAGCCGAAUCCAACAUGAAUGACUUAGUCAGCGAAUACCAGCAAUAUCAAGAAGCAAGUAUUGAAGAGGAAGAAUUGGACUAUGCCGAUGAAAUCCCAUUGGAAGACCAAUUAGAAUAGGUAGUUAGUUUGGUCAAUGAUGUUUGCUUUUACAACUUAUUAUCUCUUAAUCCUCUUUUACUUCGUUUGGUUUGCUUCUUAUAUACAUAAUUUAUACCCUUGACUAUUAUUACAAGAUUUAAAAAUUGGUAUUAGCACCUAUAUAGUUUAGUUUGUUGAAUAGGUCAUGUUAUUAUUCUGUAAGAUUCACAAAAUACUAUCAUAGUACACUGAUAGCUACAGCUACCAACAUUACAUCAAAAUUAUGUUACUUAUAACGUGAAAUUAAUGAU